CCCUCCAAGAACUCCCCACCUUGCUCUUGGGUGACUCGAACUCACAACCUCUUGGUUGGAAGUGGAAGGUGCUUGCCAUCAAAGCAACCCACCUUAUCAAAACUACAUAAAUAUUAUGAUAUAUUUAAAAUCACUAAGUGUCAAUUUUAUUUUUACAAUACAUUCGAUGCUCAAAAACCUUGAGUAAUCAAAUGGAGUACAUCGUAUGGCUCUUUACUUGCGAAUAAACCGGCUACCGGCCAAGACACAUUACAUCGCUUAUAGUCAAGGUCUCAGCACGUAUAACUACAAAUUUUCUUUGCAUAUCUACACAAAAUAAACUUCAAAUGUUCUGCUUAUAAAUAGGGAUCGAGCUGCCCAUAUCUGAGAGAACAACAUAAGAGAGAAAAUGGAGAAAGUAAUAUUAGGAGAAAGCUCAGUUUCAUCAAAUAGUAGUUCAUUUACCAGUGCCACAACAAUAACUGAAACUGGACAUACUUUUAUUCCUAAACGUUAUGUCCUUCCACCAUCCCAACGUCCUGAUGGCACCUUAGACCUCUGUCCUUAUACAUUUUUGCCAAUUGUGGAUCUUUCCCUUCUUCGACCUCAGAUAAUAGAACAAGUAUUGCUAGCUUGCAAGGACCUAGGUUUCUUCAAGGUAGUUAAUCACGGAAUUCCACAGUCAGUCAUGAAAGAUGCCCUGGAUGUUGCAAGUGAGUUCUUCGAUUUACCAAAUGAGGAGAAAAUGAAUCUCUACUCCACAAAUGUUUACACACCGGUAAGAUAUGGUACAAGCAUGAAUCAAUCCAAAGACAAAGCCUGCUUUUGGAGAGACUUCCUCAAGCACUAUUCAAAUCCAAUUUCAUCUUUUAUCGACUUGUGGCCAUCAAAUCCAACAUCUUACAAGAAGAAAAUGGGAGACUAUGCAAGGGAAGUACAAAAGUUACACGAACAGUUAAUGGAAGUCGUACUCGAGAGCUUAGGACUAGACCCAAAUUACUUGCAUGAAGAAAUUGCUCAAGGCUCUCAGGUCAUGGCCAUUAACUCCUAUCCAACAUGUCCAGAACCAGAUUUGACACUUGGCUUGCCACCACACACAGAUUUCGGUCUUUUAACCAUCAUUCUUCAGAAUCAUCUAGGGUUGCAAAUAAUGGACAAAAAUGAAAAGUGGCAUUCUGUUCCAGUCGUUGAAGGAGCCCUAAUGGUUCAAUUGGGAGAUCAAUUGGAAGUAUUGAGCAAUGGCAUAUACAAAAGAAUUGUUCACAGAGCAAUAGUUAAUUCAGAGAAGCAGCGUAUUUCAAUUGCCAGCAUCCAUAGUCUGGCUUUAGAGAAAAAAAUUGGACCCGCACCUGAGCUUGUCGACGAAAAAAAUAUGUUGUCCUAUAGAGAAGGAAGCUUCAAUGAUUUCCUUGACCAUAUUUCUGGAGAAGAUAUCACCCAAAAAAAUUACAUAGACAAACUAAAAAUAAAUCAAUGAAGAUUAUUUUGGUCUAUGUAAUGUUAAAGAAGAUGAUCAUUAGGUUCUAUAUUUUCUAGGAGUCUUUUAGUCUAGUCAGAUAUUUAUUUUUAAUUUUAAUUGGAAUACCCAAUUCUUAUUUGGGACCACAUCAUGAUGUCUAGUUUCUUAAUCUUUAUUAUUUUGCUUGUUA